AUGUUUUAUAAAGUGGUAUGCCGGAAAAACCUGGAUAGCACAACUGUGGCCAUGCAUGAUGAAGAAAUAUACUGCAAGUCUUGUUAUGGGAAAAAAUAUGGCCCCAAAGGAUAUGGCUAUGGGCAAGGAGCAGGCACUCUCAACAUGGACAGAGGAGAAAGGCUUGGCAUAAAGCAUGACAACGUACCUUCUCAUCGACCGACAACAAGUCCAAAUACUUCAAAAUUUGCUCAGAAAUUUGGAGGGGCAGAAAAAUGUUCCAGAUGCGGUGACUCUGUGUAUGCAGCUGAGAAAGUAAUAGGAGCUGGAAAGCCUUGGCACAAAAAUUGUUUUCGCUGUGCCAAGUGUGGUAAAAGUCUUGAAUCAACAACUCUGACAGAGAAGGAGGGUGAAAUCUAUUGCAAAGGUUGUUAUGCAAAGAACUUUGGCCCCAAAGGAUUUGGCUAUGGCCAAGGCGCUGGUGCUCUUGUUCACGCUCAGUGACACAUUAGUUAUUUGGCACAGAGAGGGUUCCCUUUUUCUAAGGCACAACUUAAAAUGCUACCAUUUACUGUGAAACAGCUCUUGGCUUAGGCGACUGCUUUUCCUUAGCUACCGCAUGUAUUCCAAUCUUAAAGCAGUUUUUUAAAUAACCUGUCAAUUUUUAAAUAACCUGUCAAUUUUUAAAUAACCUGUCAAUGAGUGUCUAAGUACAAAGCUUCAAUAAAGCUUUGUAUUUAGACACUCAUUUGCAUUGAAAUGUCUGAUGGAAAAAAUCAUUCAUAUUUUAUUGCUUAAAUAACUGCAACUGUUCCUUUUUAAAAUAAAUUUGAUACACCAUGCAUAUAUUUUAUAGCCUCAUAGAAAAUUGGUGUAAAAGUAUAGUAAUUUAAUACAACUGUGUUUGGUUUGCAUCAUAUAAGUGUUCUAGAAGUUCAGGGAAAAAAGGGUGAUGUCCCUAGCAUCCUCCAAUUAAACAAUUUCAGCUGCAGAAAAUAAAACAGAAAUUACUUGUGUGCAUUGAGAAUGUAGUUUUAAAGACUUUUGAUAUGAAAAAGAUCCCCUGAAUUAAAAUUUAUUCUAAUUAAUACUCUAUUUCAGCAUUCUGAACAGACUAAUUAAACUAAGUGUUAAAAAAUCU